CUCCCCAGGUCGUUGCACCCCCCAAGAAAAAAUUGCAGGGGCGCCUUAGAGUGGCGAGCUCAUUACCAACAUGAGUUUCGUGACCAAAAUACUGCAAAAAGCCGAGUCCGAGCCUGGUCUGCAUUAUCGGAAUCCUAGUAUUCCUCAUGCCUGCAGUAUUCCCGGAGGGCUCAGCAUUGGGUCUAAGAUCUACAUACACGGGUUAUUAUCCAAGGACGCGAGCAGAUUCGCCAUUAAUCUCCAGAGGGGUGCUGACCCGGACAUCGCCGACUUACACUUACACCUACUGGCCAAGCUGGGACGAUCUCCCGUGGUGGUAUGGAACACACGACUCCGGGAAUUAUGGGGUACCGAGGAGCAGCUUAGCGGAUCGUUUCCGUUCCCCUUCGCCCCUAAGACAUUCCUACUCGCCAUCACUGCCUACAUGGACUCCUUCGAAAUCGAGAUUAUCGGAUCUUCUGCCAACUUCUCGAUCAAAGUACGAGAUGGAUUGCCGAUAUCUUCCAUCACCCACCUGGCGAUCGAGGCUGAGCUCUCCGUUCGGGCGAUACAUAUACCAGUGGAGAACAUGCCGAGGAACUUACGUUUAAGUUUGGGGAGUGGGGCGAAGGUGGGCGAUAUUUUUUACAUCCGAGGGCAGCCCACUGAGGAGGCGAAGAGUUUUAUCAUCAACUGGCAGAACGGCCCUGCAAAGAUGGACGAUGUCCUCUUCCAGUUGAAUCCUCGACUGGAAGAGGGUCGCGUCGUCAGGAACAGCAGACUGGACGACGAAAUGGGUUCUGAAGAGAGUUCCAAGGACCUUCCACUCACUCCUGGAACACCCUUUCAGCUAACGGUGGGGGUGUUCUCUCUCGCAUUCGAAACGUACCUGGAUGACAAAGAAUGGUGCAGCUUUAAACACAGGCAAGAUGUUGCUCAGGCGAAAACUCUUUUCCUGGAAGGUGAUCUACAACCUACGGAUAUAUGCAUCGAUUUAGCUCAGAUGAAUCCUCCAAACGUAUCUCUCAAUGGAAAAAAUCUGAAAUCCAGAGGUGUCCGCCUUCAGCUCAUGUGUCCUGAAGUUCCAGUCAAUUCGAGAGUGACAGGAGGAUUUGAAAAAGGAUGCCUGCUUUUAAUAUCCGGAAAAAUUCACACAACUCCAAAAAAACUCCAGGUGGCGGCACAGUGUGGUGAUGGUACGGAGGAGGAGUGUGACAUCGCCCUUCGUUAUUCCGUUGUAUGGGAAGUAGAUGGAAGUCCAAAGAUCACAAUGAACUCCAAGGAAGACGAUGCUUGGGGACAGUUGGUUAAAUCAGAAGAGGUCUUGGAAUCAUUGCGACCUGGCAGCCAUUUUGACCUGCUCAUCUACUACUCAGAGGACGGUUUUCGAUGCUUCCUUGAUGGUCAAGAACAUGCCCAUCUUCCAUACAGACUGGAAGAUCUUCGUCCAGAUCACGUGACUGUUUGUGGGGACGUUCAGAUACAGAGGCUGUUGUUACUUUGAUAUGAUUGGACAAUCAUCCUCAGUUGACGACUCUACUCGGCUGUAAGAAAUAUCGACCACAUCGUUUUAUUUUUUAAAAAAAUUUGAAAACAAUUCGAUGAAGUUUAAUAAUACAAUUGACUCCUUCAUGAUUACUUUGAAGAAAUCAAUUAAUGUAAUUAAGUAAUUCGAAAGUGUCUAGAAGAAAUAAUUUGAAUUACCUCAAAGAAAUAGCUGUUGAAAGGAGUUGAUUAACUGGAAAAAAAUCCGCGUUCGAUGGAGUCAAUUAGUUAAAACAAUAAAUGUUGUAAUAAUCCGAAUAAUUGAAAGAAGUAAUUGAUCAGAACCAAUAAAUUUAUUGUUUGAUGGAUAUAAUUAAUUUGAAUUAUUAAGUGGAUAUAGUAAAUUAAUUGGAAGGAGUUUUUCAAUAUAUUUGAUACACCUGUGACUGUUGAAAUUAAAAGGCAACUGUGAAUAGUUUUGAUAUUCGAAAUGGAAUAAUCCUAUCUCUUACAGCCUCGUAAAUUCGUGUCUCGGAAAGAGUGUAUAAAAACAAAUUGUUAAUAACAAAUGGUGUGCUGAAAUUAUUAUUUUAUGCUUGUUAGUGCAUUGAAAAAUUUUAUUAGUGUUGAUCUCUACAUGUACAGAGAGCUUGUAUUAUAAUGCAAAAUGUAAAAUUAAAGAGUUUUUACUGUA